AAAAGGUUUUUUUACUUGGGGGAAUGUAUGUAUGUUAGGAUGAACUUGGAUUGAUAUAUAGUAUUAAGAAAAUGUAAUCAAUUACGUUGACUUACGAAUGUCAACCUUCGUGAGGGACACAAAGGGCAACCACUGCGGACAUUAUGUCGUUAGUGUUUGGGUGCUAUAAAUGGCUCCUGAAUUAGUGAAGUCUAUAAGCAGCACUUGUACAAAAAGUUCACAACAGCUUCAAGGUCACCAUGGCUUCACUUCAUCAUCCAACAAGGUUUUUCUUCAUCAUCACACUUGCCUGCUUCUCCUGGUUUGUGAAACCUAGCGAAGCUGUCUACCAUGGCUACGUACCGAGUCCAUGGACCCUUGCCCAUGCGACAUUUUAUGGGGAUGAGAGUGCAUCUGAAACCAUGGGUGGUGCUUGUGGAUAUGGAAACUUGAUAACUAAUGGAUACGGAACGGAUACAGCUGCUUUGAGCACAACCAUCUUUAGCGAAGGUUACGCCUGUGGUCAGUGUUACCAAAUACGGUGUGUCCAAUCUCCAUGGUGCUACAAAGGAUACACCACCGUUACUGCCACCAACCUCUGCCCGCCUAACUGGUCUCAGGAUUCAAACAACGGUGGAUGGUGUAAUCCUCCCAGAACCCACUUCGACAUGGCCAAGCCUGCGUUCAUGAAAAUUGCUCAGUGGAAGGCUGGCAUUGUCCCUGUCAUGUACCGCAGAGUACCAUGCAAUGCUAUUAGAAAAGGUGGCAUUCGAUUCUCAUUUCAAGGCAAUGGGUAUUGGCUGUUGGUGUACGUGAUGAAUGUUGCUGGAGCUGGAGACAUCAAACAGAUGUGGGUGAAAGGGACAAAGACAGGUUGGAUGAGCAUGAGUCAUAACUGGGGUGCGUCGUACCAAGCUUUUGCUACUCUUAAGGGACAAGCCCUCUCCUUCAGAUUAACUUCAUACACCACCAAACAGACUAUCACUGCCUACAAUGUCGCCCCUGCUAACUGGAACUUAGGGUUGACAUAUCAAGGCAACGUCAACUUCCAUUGAUCUACUGGACGUGUUUACAGUAUUUAAACUACUCUUAAUGUUCUGUCUCUUCAAACGCAUUUGGAACCGUUUGAUUGAGUUGAAGCUAGUACAUCUGCUUCUAUGUUAUAUUGUAUCAAGUUACUGUUUUUCAAAAUGUAAUUUCCGUCCAUCCCAUUAAAAUUAAAGCAUUCUAAUGGGUUAGAGAUGGAUUUUUAACUAGUAUAAAUAU